CAGAAUCACAGGAGGGUAAGGAAAGGGACAAAAUUUAUAAAAUAAAUUUAUCGUACCACUUCUUUAAAAAAUCGGACAUGUAGAAGUAAACUAAAUAUCAAAGGAAGUCCGAAAAAAAGAAUCGCAAUUGUGAGAAUGUCCUCAGUAGUGUUAAACGAUGAGGAACUCAGGUGCUUCCGCACUAAAAUAUGCAAUAAUUUGGUUAAGGGAAGGUGUAAUUUCAAGGAAUCUAGGUGUAUUUUCAGCCACAACACGAUAUGUACUAGAAGAUGCCCUCUAUACCUGUCAAACACCUCGUUCAUCCGGUACAUCCCGCUGUUCUGCUCUCACGUAGUCUUCACCCAGAAUUUCAAAACCGUAAAAUCCAAUUGUCCCUUCGGAAAUGAGUGUAUUUAUUCUCAUUCACUUGAUGAAAUUUUAUAUCAUCCUCAGUUCUAUAAAACCAUUACUUGUGAACAUUAUCUAAAGGGGGUUUGUAAACACAUUUUCUGCCCCUUCGUUCAUGAAGAUUCUGAGAGAAGACAAAUUAAGCAUUAUAAACUCCCCUUCACAAAUAACUUGUAUAUUCCUCCAAAUAAAUACAUCACUGUAGUGGAUACUAUAAAUCAGAGGUCAGGCUCGAAGAAGAAGAGCGACUCAGACAGUUCCACCACCCACAGCACAGGUCAAUCUCCUGGGUUAGUGCCUGAGAACAGGACGGUGAGUGAUGCGGAAUUACAGGCCGAUCUUAACAUCUUGAGGGGAAUGUGUACUGAGAGUGGAAUGCCCUACGACUUCAAAGACUAUGACGACUAUCACCAAACUAGGAGGGUUUCAAACUAUUCUAGUAGGCUAAGUUCCAUUGAUCAACUUCUAUCUCAAUUAACCACAACACUUGACGAGUCUUUCAUGACCAAGGAGAUGUUAUACGAGUCGAUAAAGGGACUUCUGGAUACUCCCAGGGUUCCAGGUGGAUGACUUAGGUGGAUAAUUGAUGUGGUCCAUAUAUAAAUUUUAGAGGAAGUAAGAGAUAAUAUUUAACGAUAAUACAUUAACCGUAUUGAUUUAACAGAAUUUUCCUAAAAUUGUUAAUUAAGGUUUAUAAGCUUACAAAAACUCUGGCGUUGCAAAGAUUUGACGGCCACCGGAGAUUGGCAUUUUGGGGAAAACAUCCGUAAAGAAGUAAUAGAUGUGACCGACGAAGAUACCCAAGAGAUUUUCAUUAAGUAAAUAAUCUGCCAUGUAGGACAAUAUAG